AGUUCGAAAUCUUUCUUGGCUCUGUCAGAGCUGCUUAAAAAACUUGAAGAUCCAAGGUUUCCUUUACUUGGCCCGAAUAUUCGUGCUCUUAAAUUUUGGGGAUUAAUUCUACCAAAAGAAACAUCAAUGAAAUUCUUAUAUAUUUUCCUCCAUAUAACUGUGAUAGUUUUUACAGCAACUGAAUAUGUGGAAAUAUGGUUCGUCAAAGAUGACAUGAGUUUACUUUUAACGAAUAUAAAAAUAACUCUAUUAGCAACUGUGAGUGUUAGCAAAGUAUCUAGCUUUCUGAUAUUUCAAAAGAAAUGGAAUAAGAUAAUUGACUACGUGAACAGAGCUGACAAAAUCCAGAGAAACCGUGAUGAUCUUAAAAACAAUAUUAUAGAGAGAUAUACGAAGUAUAGCAGAAAAAUAACUCUUAGUUAUUUCAUGUUAAUGUAUACUACUGUUGUUUUUGUUAUCAGUCAACCGAUUUAUAAAUACGUAUUCUCUGAAACGUAUAGGGAGAAUAUUAGAAACGGCACGGAAAAUUACGCUCAAGUCGUCAGUUCUUGGGUGCCUGUUGACAAAAAUACUAUCAAGGGCCACAUAAUUGCUUGCUUUUAUCAGAGCUAUGCUGCAAUUUAUGGGGGUGGAUGGAUAACUUCUUUUGAUUCGAAUGCUAUUGUCAUCAUGGUAUUCUUUAAGGGGGAACUUGAAAUGUUGAGGAUUGAUAGCAGUAACAUUUUCGGUUCAGCUGAUUUUGUUUUGAGUCAUGAGGAAUUUCAGUUUCGUUUGAAAGACUGUUAUAGACGUCACCAGGAAUUGAUAAAGUACAUUCGUCUCUUCGAUUCUUGUCUGUCGCCAAUCAUGUUCCUCUACGUGAUUGUAUGUUCAAUAAUGCUUUGUGCUACAGCUUAUCAAAUAACGAUUGAAACAAGUGCAAUGCAAAGAUUUAUAACAGUCGAAUAUUUGGUAUUUGGUGUAGCACAACUUUUUAUGUAUUGCUGGCACAGCAAUGACGUUUUGUAUGUGAGUAAACAGUCAUCACUAGGACCUUAUGAAAGCAUUUGGUGGACAAGAGAUGUCUCUGAACAAAAAGACGUUAAUAUUCUGAUUGAUCAGUUCAACAGAGCUAUAGUGUUCAGUGCUGGACCAUUUACUAAUAUCACCGUGGCUACCUUUAUAAGCAUUCUGAAAGGGGCAUAUAGUUAUUACACACUCCUGAGUCAGUCUCAACAGGAUGAAUUUGAAAGUAAAUAA